AUCACCCCCCACCGGCCUUCCCCGGGGAGCACUCAGCGCCCCGCGGUCCGUGCAAUGUGGGCCCAGGGCAGGAGCUGCCUGGCGGCCGGCUUGCUGCAGAACAAGGUGGCCAUCGUCACCGGCGGGGGCACGGGCAUCGGGAAGGCCAUCGCGACCGAGCUCCUGCAGCUGGGUUGUAAUGUGGUCAUCUCAUCCCGUAAGUUUGAUGUAUUAAAAUCUACUGCAGACGAACUGAAGUCCACCCUGCCUCUCACCCACCAAUCUCAAGUCACUCCCAUAAAAUGCAACAUCCGUCAGGAAGAGGAGGUAAAUAAUUUGGUCAAAUCCACCUUAGAUAUUUAUGGGAAGAUCAAUUUCUUGGUAAACAAUGGAGGAGGCCAGUUCACGGCUCCUGCUGACCACAUCAGUGCGAAGGGAUGGCAUGCUGUGAUUGAAACCAACCUGACAGGCACCUUCUAUAUGUGCAAAGCAGUUUACAACUCUUGGAUGAGAGAGCAUGGAGGAUCCAUUGUCAAUAUCAUUAUUGUUACUAAAAAUGGAUUUCCGGGAUUUGCGCAUAGUGCAGCUGCCAGAGAUGGUGUUUACAACCUCAGCAAAACCUUGGCUUUGGAAUGGGCCAGCAGUGGAGUAAGAAUCAACUGUGUUGCCCCUGGAAUCAUUUAUUCCCAGACUGCUUAUGACAACUAUGGUGAUUUGGCCAAAGACUUAUUUUGGGGGUCCUAUCAGAAAAUCCCAGCUAAGAGAAUUGGAGUUCCUGAGGAGGUUUCCUCCUUGGUAUGCUUCCUGCUAUCUCCAGCAGCUUCCUUCGUCACCGGGCAGGUGGUGGACGUGGAUGGGGGCCAGGCUCUGUAUAAUCACAUGUUCCAUGUGCCAGAUCAUGACAACUGGCCGGAGGGAACAGGGGACCUUUCUGUUGUCAAAAGGAUGAAAGAGUCUUUAAAGCUUAAAUCCAAUCUCUAAACUAAAGAAAGAAGAAGAUGAUUUUUGUCCCAGAAUGCCUUAACAUCUUAAGAAUGCAUUUUUGUUCUUGAUAGGAGCAUGUAAUUUGUAUUGACAAAUCACUGUGUUUUUUGAAUGUUUUCAGUUUUGUCUAUGCAAAACUAUUCCUGAAAUAAAAGCAUUUUUAAGUCCCAACUAA